AUGUCCUUGAUGAAGCUGUGCGCCUACAUCUUCGGAUGCGCGAUUGUUGGACAACUGACUGAGGCUGUGGUCCUCCAGCAGCAGAUGACCGUGGAGUAUCCCCCUAACCGGCUGUACGGCCCACUUUUUGCUAAUAACACUUGCCCAACAGUGGACGGCAUUAAACAGUACCCUGGCGUGUAUUCUAAGGACCAUCGCUACUCGGUAUGCAUGCCGAUCGUUCCCGUGGACACGAAGUGUCCGUCUGCCCCAGCCAAGGGCAAACCCGUGCAUGAUGGGAAUCUCCCACUGUGCUUGAUUCCGUGUGAAACU